CGUCCCGCCAGGCCCGCCCCCUCGCCUCCCCCGCCCGCGUGGUCGUCGCCACCGCUGCCGCCCGAGAGGAGCUGGGGGAGGACGGUGGCCCGCGAGGCUCGUCGCAGAGAACGCGGCGGCGAUGUCCGCGAGCCAGGCGAGUGCCGCGGCGGCAGCGGCGGGGCCUCGCGCGCGGCAGGGCGGCCUGGGCUUCGGCCUCCCUCCGGUUCCCUGGAAGCAGGCCCGCGGCCAGCGCGGGAGCAGCAGCAGAGGCGGAGGCUCCAGCGCGUCUCUCUCCUCCCCCUCAGCCUGAGCCAGGGGAGGCCAGGCGGCCCAGGUGUCUGGAAGGGGGUCCGCUGCCCGAGAAUGGGAAUUCUCUUCACCAGAAUAUGGAGACUGUUCAAUCACCAGGAGCACAAAGUUAUCAUUGUUGGGCUGGAUAAUGCAGGAAAAACUACCAUCCUUUACCAAUUUUCUAUGAAUGAAGUUGUACACACAUCUCCUACAAUAGGAAGUAACGUAGAAGAGAUAGUGAUUAAUAAUACACGUUUCCUAAUGUGGGAUAUUGGUGGCCAAGAAUCUCUUCGUUCUUCCUGGAACACUUAUUAUACUAACACAGAGUUUGUAAUAGUUGUUGUGGACAGUACAGACAGAGAGAGGAUUUCUGUAACUAGAGAAGAACUCUAUAAAAUGUUAGCGCAUGAGGACCUAAGAAAAGCUGGAUUGCUGAUUUUUGCUAAUAAACAAGAUGUUAAAGAAUGCAUGACUGUAGCAGAAAUCUCCCAGUUUUUGAAGCUAACUUCUAUUAAAGAUCACCAGUGGCAUAUCCAGGCAUGCUGUGCUCUAACUGGCGAGGGAUUGUGCCAAGGACUUGAAUGGAUGAUGUCACGACUUAAGAUUAGAUGAUUUCUACUGACCUCUUCUCAUAGACUUUGUGUAAAUGAAGUGCUGGACUUUACCUGGAAGCUGCAAAAAUUAAUGGUUUAGAUAUAUUUAUAAUAAACUGAUUUAAACGUUUUCUAUAAGAAGAAAAAUUAAGACCACUUAUUUGAAAACAAAGAUGAAGUCUCACCUUCCAAUUUGCUUUCUCGUUAGUUUUUUCCAAAGUAAGUUUUAAAGCUGUGAUUGACAUUUUUCUCAUAAUGAAUCCUCUCAGGACAUUGUGUAGCCUGUGGUAAGUACAAAGGGAGAGGAAGACAUUUUGAAUUUUAAGAGCUUUAUUAUCAGUAUAACCCUCCCUAGUUGAAUGUUGUUUCUUCUUGUUCCAUUAAGUCAAAAUUACAAAUCACAGAUACUUAGUUUCCAAUAUUUUAAAAUAUAACGUUACUUAUAAAAAGUAUUUUGCUUAAGGUUGUGUGUAUAUUGUGUAUAUACCUCAAGUUCAAGUUAAUGGCUUUGAUUUAUGUUCUAAAGAAACACAAAUAACAAAUAUUAAUAAUAUCCUUAUAACCAUAAUGAGAUAAAUAUUGACAUUGGUGUUAAGUGCCAUUUUAUACUUUCUCCCUAUGUUCACUGUAUUGUACUAAUCAACCUCCCAAAUCAAUGAGCUGCUUGUUAAAAAAAAAAGGAAAAGGAAAAAGCAUGACAUUGUGUAUUGAUUUUUUGUUGACUAAAAUCACACAUGUGGAAACAUGUAAUUCAGCAGAGUGGGAUAGCUAUCAGAUUCUUGGCUUAGUAUUACUAAUGGGCAGGAUUGUACCAUGAGCAACUAUCAUAUUAUUCCUUUCAGUGGUUCUUAUGGCAUCUAAAUUACUGAAUAAAUUAUUCAUUAAUCAGUGAAUCAUAAAUUACGAUUAAAAUGAUCAAAUGAAUUCUCAGCAUUAAUUGAAAACUGUUGUGUGAAACAUGUCUACCCAGGAAAGUAACACUCUAUAAAUACUGGUAAACAAUUUAGAUAUAUUAUUUUUAAGUAUUAUAUUGUAUGUCAAGCAGUUAAAAUGAAUUUCAGAGUAAAAGUUAGGUGUGUUUCUGAGCAACAUUGAUAAUGUCUUAUUUUGGUACUUGAAAUAUAGUGUGAGAUUUUUUUAUUUCUAAAUUUUGUUGUAUCUUCUAUUACAUAAAUGCAUUGUUUGACAGUUAUAAAAUGCAAGUGUUUUUUGAAUGAUCUUAAGAAUUUGACUUAAAAAUUCAUUGAUACAAUGUAUUAUUUGUACUAUGAAGUAACUUGACCCAAAACACCCUUUAUGUUAGCUUAGGGUAUCUUUUUUCAGUGUCUGAAAUUCAAAGGUAUUCCUGUCACAACUGUAAACAAACUUGUCCUAAAUGUGUUAAAACAUAUUCUUGGAUACUCUAUUUGUGUAUCUUUCAUGCCUUGAAAAUCUGAAGGUUAAUCCAAACCCACGUUUUAGCAUAUUUAAGAAAAAAACUACUUUUAAUAUCACACUUUUAAACUUUAUGAAGAUUUUGGUGAGGAAUAAUGUUAUAUACUUUAAGUGUUGACAAAACUUAGAAAGUUUCUUUCUAUAAAAUGGGGAAUACUCAGUAUCUAAAUCCAGGUCAGGCAUGGGAGAUCAGUAUUUAACAUUGGAUGUUUUGUGUUUUAUAUUUAUAAUGUUCAAAACGCAAGCAUAAUUUAAUCUUUGUCCACCUGGUUUUACAAAAGUAAAUCUUAAAUUACCAAGCUUUUCUCAUGUUCACAUACUUUCUCAAAUCUCUAUAAAGAAUUACUUAUCUGUUAAAAAUCCCCUUAACCCAAAUCUGUAUUGUGGUUUCACCAGAUAAAUAUUCUGUGAUGUACCCCAGAAAAUCCACAUCUUUUGUCCUUUUUAUUUUUUAAUUUGAAUAAUCAUGUGCUUAGUCCCUUGGAUUGCUGCCACAUCAGUUUAACACGAUAUCAGCACAUUCCCUUGUCAUCAAGGUAUUGGCUCAAAUUUAUUCAUAAUUGGCAGUUUAAAUCAUGCACUACCUAGUUACGGUUGGUUUAGUGUAGUGGAUUAUUGACAUGACGUCAUGAGAAGAUGUGGAAUUUUACGCUACAUUUAUAAAACUUGAUUUUGUUCUCUACCCUUCAAGGUGAACAUUAAAAAUAAGGUGGGAUCUGUGUACUCGUACAUAAAACCAAAAUUAUAGUUGGGAAAAAUAAAUUUGUAUAUGAAAAUGUCAAAAUCAUUUUAACAGUAUUAUUUUCAAACAAGAUAGGCUGGUAAAAAGUCAUAUUGGCAAUUUGUAUGUAGUUUAAGUGGAAUUAAGCAAAGAGAGAUGCUUUUGGGUUUUUAAUAUGCCACUUUUGAGUGAAAACAUCUUGUAGAGUCAUUGUGUUUAGCUCUGAGAAGAACAAAGAUGCUUCUGUACAUGUGGCUGGAUUUAAAUAUCCUGUUUUUGAUACUAAUUUUGAAGUCAUAUAACUUCUUUUGAUAUCUUGGCAAAAGUAACCGUAUGCUAUAAGGAUUUGAAUAUGUUUAAUUUUGUCAUAAUAGCAUCUGUAAGGUAUAUCUUACACAUUAUAUAAAGGGUCCUUAUUUGAAAUUUCCAGUUCUGUAUCUUCCCAGUACAUCUUGGUCCUCAUAAUAGGCAAAGGAUACAAUGUAGGCAGGUGGUUUAGGGGUGAUAGUGAGGAAGUGGUUAGGGGAUUUAUUUUCUUAUACCACAUUUUGCCUUAAGAAUAUAAAAGUGCUUUAGCACUGCUGGCUGGCAUUUUUAAUAUAGGUAAUGAAAGUGAUGUUAGAAGCAUGGGAUGACAUAGAGGAAAGAAGAGGUUUUAUUUUCUGGCCUUUAGGAAGUGCCUAGUAGAUCGUUACAGUGAGAAGUGCACAGAGCUUGAGGAAAGGCAUGAAGUCCCUGACAUUUUUUCCAUUUUGUCGCAGUAUAUAGUUUUGAGCUGCCUAGAAACAGGACCCUAUUGUCUCCUCUUGUAUAGGCACUUUACAUUUCUUGCUGUCACUAUAGCAACCACAUACAGUACAGACAAUUUCAAAACCUGUUUAUAUUAGCGUAAAUAGAAAAACUAAACAACUAUCUAGUUUUCUCUGCAGGCAUUUUUGGGAAUGUAUGUGUAGUAUGCUCUGCUUUGUAUAUAGGAGAUAGUACUACAUCAUCGGUUAUCUCAGAACUUCAGGGUCAUCUCUUAACUGCCCAGUUGUAUCUUGACGUCAAUCCCUUUUUCAAGGCUGCUGGGUAGAGACAACUUUCUCCAUGUAACUUUGGCCCCUCCCACUCUUCAAGUGUAAUCUGGAUCUUCUUGCUUUCAAGAUCAGCUUCCCCAUAGCUCAGGUAUCCCUUGCUCUCCUGUAUCUUCAUUUACUAUCAGUGAAGAUAUCUCUGUCCUGAAGGUUAUUCUAAACUUUGUCUAUAACCGUUGUUGCCCAAAUCAGUAGUUUCUAUGUAACUUCUCUAGUUCCUUGCUAACUUCUCACCACUGGCUCGAGGUAGUGAUUUGGUCUUUGCUCAUUAGAGAGCGUUAUCAGAGAGGUGGAGUCCCUCAGAAGACCACUUUGCGGUGCAUAUAGCAUACAGAUGCCAAUAUUAGAAUUCUUUAAAUUAUAUUGUAUUUAACAUUUUCAUGCUUUUUAAUUUAACUUCACAUGUUGGGAAGUAGAUUUAGAAAGAUAGGGAAAUACCCAGACUCUGCCAGUUCCUUGAGCUCCUAGUUAGGCAUUAACAGGAUUAAGUUUUAUUUGUAUUGUCUUCCUAUUACCAAGAAUGGUUAUGUUGCACAGAAUACCAGUUCAGUUUGAGUUGGAAAAAGAUGCCAAACCAAAUUUAUAUGUAGCAUAUAACCUAAAGGCAUCCUUGAAAUUAUUGCUCACAUUCCAUUUUUUCUUCAUGUUUGCUUAUAGAACAAAGAUAAACAUGAGCUGUCUAAAGGAAUUAUCAAUCAAAAGGUUAACUGUACAAAAUAAACCUGUUGAAAUAAACCUGAUGAAUAAACCUGUUUAAAAGACAUCAAAAUAAUUGUCAUGCAUUGACUAUAGAUGCAGAUAAUGUCUUUAAACGUCCACUUAUACAAAAAUAAAACUUCUAUACCAUGCUUCCUCAAAGAAUGUAUGAUAGAUUAAGACCAUGAUAAUAAAAUAAAAAGGAAAGAAAACCAGAAAUUAGAAUUUCAGAUGCUAAAAAGUAACUUUGUAGUUAACCCCAAAGUCCUGUCAAAUUGUGAAGAAAUGUAACAGGAUGCACUUGGAUUCAUUUUGCAAUAUUUCUUAUCAAUUGUCUAGCCCUUGCGUAUUGUUCUAAAAACUAAGGUUAAAUCUUUAUGCUAUUGCCUGCUAGAUAGCCUGUUCUUUGAUAGAAAAUUCCCAUAGUGUGUACUCAAGAAGUGCCUAAAAAUGGAUUUGUGUUUAUUUUAAGCCCAUCUAAUAAAUUAUAUGUAUUUUCUGUGGUAUUACAUGUGCUUGUCUUAACUGAUAACACAGCCUAGAGGGUUUCUGUCACAAUUUGUACUUUAUUUGAAUAAAAAUCUUGAAAUUGAAGGUAUCCAUCUCACCCUCAACAAACCAUAAUAUAAAGAAACACGAGCCACACCAUUUUGUCUCUUUCCUAAUAAUACAAGUAUGUCCUGUCCCUGGCAUUAGUUAACGCAGUGACUAGAAAACUGAACCCUGCUACUGUUUUUUAAAACAGUUUUAACAGAAAAUUAAACUGUAUGUUUGAAAUCAUAAGUAAAAGUUCUUUGCUUACAUAAGAGUAGCCUCUUGAUUCUCAUAGUUAAGUGAUUAGUAGUUUUGUGUCAUACCAUUUAGAUGUUGAGCCAUUUCAUUUGUGCAUAUGUAUAUGUGUAUGUGUCCAAAUUCCUCCUCUUUGUUUAGAUUCUACUUACAAAUCAAACUAUUUAAUAGAAUCUUCAUACAUUUAUCAUAUAUUCUUCCAGGUUUUUUUGUUUGUUUGUUUUUGUUUUUUUUUUUUUAGCUGACUAUAGAGUUUGACUGUAAAUUCUGGGGCAAAGCUUGAUUGUAUUUUCAGUGGUGUAUAGUUACAUUGUUUCAUAUUAGAAAUCAUUGUGCAUGGAAAGUGAAAUGUGCAUAUGAUUUUAAAUUAUUGUAAUAUGUACUGUGCCCUUCCCCUAAAUAUCUUACAUUGAUGAUACACAGAAUUCCUCUAUUUUUGCUUGAAAAUAGUCCUUUAGAUUGGGGUAGCCUUUUCUUAUAUCCCUCUUUUGUUCCAUGGUAUAAGGUGAUACCUGCAAAGCACUUUUAAAGAUAUUUUUUAGGUUAAUGUUCAAGAUACAGCAUUGAGGAGGCAGCUAUGUCUAAUGAGGGCUCUCUUGGUUGCUAGAGAUGAGAGAAAUGUAUACUAAUCAUUUUAAUUUGUACUUAACAUGCAGUUUACUAAUCAUAUUGAUUUUAAAUAUGACAGAUUCUUCUUGUAGAUAUUAAUCUUUAAUCUUUCUUAUUUAUCAUAUUGUUCUAGAGAAGCCUAGAUAAAAAUGGGUUCCACCUAGUCUCUUUAUAAAACACCUUCCCCACAUACUCCCCAUCCCUUCCAAUUGAGCUCUAUGCACUUUGACAAGCAAAUAAGAAGACCUUAGGUUUCUUGUAUUUGAAUUUCCAAAACAAUAAAAGGUUUUUACUCAAGAUUUGCAUGCAAGAGGCAGAAAUUUUGUCUCAUCUCUUUAUCAUUUUGUGAACUUGUGUUUCUCUGUAUACUAGGGAAAUUUUGCACAAAAGGAAUUUUUGAAAAAGUGAGAAGUUUAGAGUGCUUGGGUGCAUUUUAUUUGCACAGUGCUGAUGUGUUAGGUAUCUAGGGAAAUAAUGCGUCAGGACCUUUUCAACAACACAGCUUCAUCAAUGACUGGGGGAUAUUUAUGUUUGUGCUGAGGAAAGGGAGGGAGUGGGCAGGUUGGAGUGGGGGCGUUUCUGUGGAAAGCAGAGCAGUCAGCUGCUUUAUAGAUGUGGUUUUUCAUUAUACUUGUAACAAUGUUCUUGUGUCCAUAAUUGACUGAAAUGUCAAGUUUCAGGAAUGCAGGGCAUUUAUCAGGUGACCAGAAGUAGAACCUUGUUGAUUAUGAAAUGGAAGAAUAAUGUCGAGGUAGUUGGGGGAAAAUGACAAAUAAGAUUUUACUGGUGAAUUUCCAUGUUUAAUAUGUAUAUUAAUCUUUUUUUAAGUUGCAUGUUAAUCUGGUAUAACGUAUUAUCUCUGCUUUAUGCUUUGGGUAAAAAGGAAAGAAAAAAGACGAGUUACAAUUGUUACUCUAUUAUGUACUAUUACAUAUACCUUUUCUUUUAGAAAGGGUUAAUUAUAAUUACUAUUCACA